AAGACGCGUUAGACUGGCUGCUCGCGCUGUAUUUCCGGGGCUGCUUGAGGAAUGUAAACUAUUCAACAUGGAGACAGCAGUUGAUAAGCUGGAGGCGAUGUUCCAGAAAGCCGAGGCGGACAUCGAGUACGUGGAGAAGCGGCUGAAGUUCGAUUUCAUGUCGAGCGCUCGGCAGAACGGCACUGCUGAGGGGAACCCCGUUCAGCUGCUGGAGAGUCUGGCAGCCCUUAAGGCUCGUCACGCUGCUCUGUGUGUUCAGAUGGAGGAGAUUGCCACGGAGCAGAAACGCUCGAUGGAUUCGAUCAGAUCUCACCUGAACACCACGGUGAAGCUGGUGGAGGAGCUGCAGAACACCACAGACAUGCAGGUUCCUCCACUCACACAGGAAGAACAGGAAGCAAGAGAUUCCCUCUGUACCUCAGUCCCAGCUCUGUCUAUACAGACGUCGUCUGAAACGCACGUGCAGCAGGAGUCUCCCUCACAGGAACAGAGCAGAGACGUGAAAGUCGUGGAGUUCGAAGCUGUUCCACAAAGUGUCCGAGGAAAUGUCAAGCUCGGGGACCUCAACACCCUGUACACGCAGCUGGCCGAACACUUCUCCUCAGACAACAACAGGGCACCUCUGAGUUUGCAGAAGAUGAAGAAAUUGAACAUGAGGGUGAGCGAGGCUGCGAUUAAGACGCUGCAGCACCUCGGCCUCAUCGAGCUGGACAGGAAAGGCUCCGUCUCUCUCUCCUCUUCACACUGAGGAUAAAAACACCAAGCUGAACACAUGCUCUGUACACUCCGACACUCGGGUCUGCUGAGUGCACACGCAGCUUUAGACUCGGCAUUCUCCUCCAAACGACAUUCAUCACGUCAUGCUCUGGGAGGAGCUUUGUUUUAGGAACUUAAAUACAACGGUCUGAUUAGUUUUGUGUCAAUAAAUCGUUCUCACAUUUCAGAUACACAGUAUUUCUAAUAGGGUAGUGGAGAGAGAGAGAGAGAGAUCCCAUAAUUGUGCUCACCAUCACCAUUUCACCAGGCAUAAACACUGAGCCAGGUGAUAACACAUCAGGUGAACAGGUAAACUACUUUAAAAUACAUCAUUAUAAUAUGAUUAAACUGAAAAACAAAGCCAAAUUGCACUAUUUUUAUACACAAAAAGCAAUGUGAACAGAAAUGUUUAUUUCAUCGUGUUACUGAACCUGUGUGUGUGUAAAAUGUGUUUAAUUAAAUCCUCAUUAAAUCUCAAA